AACACGCCUUUCAUCGCACUUGAUGUCUUGUCGGUAGUAAUAGACAGUAGAGUCAUGUUAUGAUGAGAAUCACGAUUUAAAAGUGGCCGUUUGUUCUUCUAAUUUUAUCUUCUUUGAAAAAAUCGCAAUACGUCGUAAAAGAGAACGCGGUAAAAGCGCGAAAUUCCGCGCUAAAAUGAGUCUUAAUAUAUCGAAGUUAUUUUCAAGAAAGAAAACCGGCACAAUUGAUACAGUCGCUGAGAUUGGUCGCCCUACCAAUGUUUCUCAUAAAUUUCAUGUGAGUAAAAAUGCCGAAACAGGACAAUUGGAAGGUCUUCCUGAAUCUUGGAUUCGUCUGCUUAAUACACAAAUAUCAAAAUCAGAGCAAGAUGAACAUCCUGCUGCAGCUUUGCAAGCAAUCAAAUUUUACAAUUAUUCGAUAAAACGGAAACCAGAAGAAAAAGUAUUCAAGCCUUUUGUUACAGAAGAUUUGAUUGAAGAAGAAUCGCAGGAAAUUGAUAAAAUUUUAUCAAAAAAAUGUCAAUCUGAAGAUUCAGAUGAAUCGAGCACUGCAAGUUCAAUAGAUAGUCAGGUACAGGAGUUACCAGAACUUCCACCAAAAGUUAACAAAAUUCCAAAACCUACACCACGAACGUGCCCUGAAAGAGUUGAAAAAACUAUUACUGAAAUUCUUGAAGAUUUAAGUGCAUAUCAAAUUGAAGAUGAUCAUCCACUUGAAAUUGAAAAUGAACAAAAUAAGAGAGAUACAGAAGAAAGUCCUAUUUUACGAAAGAAAAUAGAAUGUUCUACAAUAAAACUUAAUGAUGAAGAAAUUUUUGAAGAACUUCGAGCUAUUUGUCAUAAUGGAGAUCCAAAUCUUCGUUUUGAAAAAACUAAAGAGGUUGGGGCUGGUGCUUCAGGUACUGUAUUUAUAGCUACUGAUAUACAGACUAAUGAAAAAGUUGCUAUAAAAGACAUAGAUUUAUCAAAACAACCAAAGAAAGAAUUAAUAUUGACUGAAAUCAAAGUUCUUAAGGAAUUUCAACAUCCAAAUUUAGUGAAUUUUUUGGAUGCAUAUCUUUUAAAUGAACAUCUUUGGGUUGUUAUGGAAUUAUUAGAAGGAGGACCUCUUACAGAUGUUGUUACUGAAACUGUAAUGAAAGAAGUACAAAUUGCAGCAGUUUGUAGAGAAGUUUUAAAAGCAAUUAGUUUUUUACAUACAAGAGGAAUUAUUCAUAGAGAUAUCAAAUCAGAUAAUGUACUUCUUGGAAUGAAUGGUGCUGUGAAAGUUACAGAUUUUGGUUUUUGUGCUAAUAUUGAUGGUGAUGAAAAACGUCAAACUAUGGUUGGUACUCCAUAUUGGAUGGCACCAGAAGUAGUGACGAGAAAACAAUAUGGUAAAAAAGUAGAUAUAUGGUCUUUAGGUAUUAUGGCCAUUGAAAUGAUAGAAGGUGAACCACCUUAUAUGAAAGAAACACCUUUAAGAGCUUUAUAUUUAAUUGCUGCUAUUGGUAAGCCUUCUAUACCCAGAUGGGACACAUUAAGUCCAACAUUUCAAAAUUUCUUAGAAAAAUGUUUGGCAGUUGAAGUUGAUGACAGGGCAACUGCAGAUGAGUUACUAUCCCAUCCAUUUUUAGAAAAUUGUGCAGAAUUAACAAGUCUGAUACCAUUAAUAAGAACUGCACAAAGAAUUCUUCAUAAAGUGUUCCAUUAGAUAAUUUUUUUAAAUAGAACUCAAAACCUAUUUUUAUAUGAGUAUAAUAUUGCAUUGAUUACGUAUACAAUGCAAUAAAUAUUCUACACAUUGCACAUAAUUUAAAUAUAUAUAAUAUAGCAAUUAAUCUAUUUUAUACGUGACUAUCUAUUAUAUUUAUAACAAUGUUAUUAAAUUUUUAAUAGAAAUCAUGAUGUAGUAAUAAAAAAAUUACUAAAUAAUUUUUAAAAAAUUAUUCAUUUAUAUAAUAAUUUUGUAAUACAAUAUAAACAAUAGAUUAAUUUCUAUUGCUUUGACUUAUUAGAAAAAUUAAUAUCAUUAAUAAUGUGCAUUAUUCAUUUUUUAUGUGCAAUAUUCAUCUUUUUUCAUAUGUUUAUUUCUAUAAAAAAAAUAUAAAAUUCUAUCAAUCUUUAGAAUAAAAUAAAUGUAGAGAAAAUACAAGUCAGAAUCAUUGUGUUAAAAAUAUAUGUUUAGUAUUUUUAGUUAUAUUAGAUUAUGACUUUACUUUAAAAUUAUUUGCAUUUAUUAAAUAAUAAGUUACUAUAUAAUAAGUACUAUAUAAUAAGUAUAAUUUGUUCAUUUAUUUUAAAGUUCAUUUUUACCAAAAUAAUGUACUUAGUUUGUUUAAGAACUGAAAGUGCUACAAGUAUGCUAUAAAGUAUGUGCACAUAAUAUUUAUCAGGGGUAUAACUGCAACUUAUUUUGUAUUAUCAAAACACUUUUUAAAAUAAUGAUUUCAAUUUAAUAAUAGUACAAAUUAAAUUUAUAAUUUUAAUUUAACAAUUUUGCUAAUUGAUGUUGUAAGUGUACAUCACAUUUUAUUAUAUUUUUUGAAUUCCAUAUUUUUUUCUAUUCAAAAUUAUAAUUUAGAAAAGUAAGUUAUGCCAUACAUUUUUAAAUCAAAUAAUUUAUAUUUAAAUUAAGUAUUGUAAUUAAAUUAUUUAAUAAUUAAUUCUGUUCAAUCGUAAUUAAUUGCAUAAGAAAGGCCACUUUUUUAUAAAAAAUUUUAUAUUCCUUAUUUUGGAGGAACAUUUUGUUAUUAAUAGUGAGAAGUUGUACCUUAUGAUCCAAUGUUAUAAGCACAUGUAUUAAUAACUAAGUAUUAUAAAUGAUGUGAUAUAUCACACAUUAUAAAAUGCAUUUUUUAAAAGCAUUACCAAUCUUAGUUAGUUGUAAGACUUUACCAAAUUUUAUAAUAUGCAAUUUUUUAAGAAAUUUUUUGUAUUUUAAAAUCUAAUGCUAUUCAUAUGCCAAAUUUUAACAAAUAUUAUUCUUUUAAAUAAGUACUAUGAAUUAUGUAUAUAAUAUUGUAUUUAUAUCUUUUAUAAAAAAUAUUUGAAUUUGUAUUACAAUUAAUAUUGUCCAUAAUUAACUUAGUUUAAGAUCUGAGCAAUCACGAUCACAUAAUAUCACGACUGUGAUAAUGAAAACUGAAUGCUGUUUUAUUGUAUUUCUAUAUUAAAUAUCUAUAUUAAAUAUUAAAUAUCAUCAUAUUAUUUUUAUUUUUGUUUAACUAAAUUACUUAUACAAUUUAUAUGAAUAAUAUUGAAUUUAAUUUCAAAUUAAAAUAAUGAAUGUUCACAUAAAAUUAUAAUAUAAUACAAUGUAUAAAAUUGAUUAUUUAGUUAUUUAAUCAUUUAAUUAAAUGUAAAAUAUAUUUGAUUUUGACUAUUACAUUUAUAUCUAUAUAUUAAGAACAAUUUGUUAAAGAAUUCUGCAGCUGUAACAUUUGUGCCUUAUCAAAUCAAUACAUAUGGUUCUCUACCAAUUAAUACCUUAUAAUCUCUACCUUAUAAAUACGUUUAUCAGUGAUAAUAGAAUAUAAAAAAAAGUUAAAUGUAAUAAUAAUCUAUUGAUAAGAACAGUUGCACAAAAAAUACUAAAUUUUGUAUAUUAAAUAUGUGCGUAUUAUUUUUAAAUGUAUAUGAAAAAAACACAUAUGGUUUUAACAAUAAAUACUUUAUUUACAAGAUA